AUGGCCGCUGAGCAAGCCAAAACUCGAGGUAAUCGCGCCUUCGCCGCGGGCCUGUACUCUGACGCCGUGGCCUGCUUCUCUGAGGCGCUGGCUGUCGCUCCCUCCGACCCAAACGCGCACGUCUUUUACAGCAAUCGCUCAGCAGCUCAACUCAAGCUUAACAAAGCCGACGAAGCGCUCAAGGACGCCGAUCAAUGCAUCAUACUCAAGCCCAACUGGGCCAAGGGAUACUCGCGCCGUGGCUCCGCGCUUUACGCUCUGGGACGAUACGCCGACGCCUAUAGAGCCUACAAAGAUGGUCUUAGUCACGAGGUGUCUAACGCGGGGCUGCUCGAAGGCCUCCGUGCAGUGGAAGCCAAGCUCGUCACCCAGAGAUCAGGCACUCCCCAAAGCUCUUCUUCUUCUUCUUCGACGCCUACACCAGCCCCAGCCGUCAAUUUGAAGAUUUUUUUGCUCGGCAACAAGCGUAACAUGUUCCAGCUUUACCAGUUCCUCCUCCGCAGCUUGAUGCUGCUCUGUUUCGUCAACUUUUGGAUCCCCGUGCUGCUGUCCAGCUACGCCGCCUAUUCGAACUUCUUCAAGCUGGCACUUGUCAACCACGCCAGCUACUUAGCGUUUUCCCACGGGGUUCCCAAAUGGAACGCCGCCUACGCACAACGUCUGCUGUUGGACCCCGCUGCUCAGGUCUUCUUCUUCUGUCUUGUGUUCUGGGUCUCGGCUCCACAUGGCAUGGCUAUGAUGCCCGUCUUCCUGCUGGAAAUGGUGCACUUUUUCGCCUAUUUGCAGUCACUACUGCAGACUCUGGGGCUGGCCGAGUCUCCAGUUGUGACGCUAGUGAACAGCAAGGCGUUGGUGCCUCUGACCGCGCUUAUCAUUAGUGACCGAAGCUUCCCGGCAAUGGCUACGCGUGCUAAGUGGGCCAAGCUGUACACGCGCAUGCCACAGGUGGCGGCCAAUAUUGAUGUGGCCAUUGGCGUUGCCUUGAUCCUCGAGAUGCUCACGCCAUCGCGCAAUUUCCUGCUGCUUGUGCUGUACUGGCAGGUGCUGCGUGUGCGCUACAUGAUCUCACCGCAGUUGCAGGAGGCCUUCCGCUCGCUUCACGCGACGAUUCUCACGCUCGUCCACCACCCGCGCUGUCCUGCAGUAGUUGCGGCGGUGUACGGCAAAAUCCACGCAUUUGCAGUCAAGAUGGGCGACGUGGCGGCGCAACAGCAGCAGGCUGCAUCUGGCGCCAGUGGUCUGGCAUCGCGCUGCAACAUCAUGUAG